CUUGAGCAAACUACUAGGGCUCCUGGACCAGUACUGUGGGUCAGUGCAGACAAACAAACCGGUCAAAAUUAAGAAUCACGUUUAUCAACUAAUUCCACCUGGCAAACAACGUGAUAACAAGGUGCUUUGACAAUCCUGUGACCAAGGUAAAUAGGUGCAAACUACAGUCGAAGGUUAAUUCAGAUCAGGCAUCCUACAAGACAAGUGAAGAUGGCGGAUGUGCUGAGUGUUCUUCGUCAGUAUAACAUUCAGCAAAAAGAAAUCGUCGCCAAAGGAGAUGAAGUUAUAUUUGGAGAGUUCUCUUGGCCCAAAAACGUCACGACCAACUAUAUAAUCUCGGGUACGGGUAAAGAAGGCCAGCCCAAAGAGUAUUAUACUUUGGACUCUAUCUUAUUCUUGCUCAACAAUGUGCAUCUUCCACAUCCGUCAUAUGUGCGAAGAGCUGCAACAGAGAAUAUCCCUGUUGUCAGACGACCUGAUCGAAAGGGCUUGCUGUCAUAUCUCAAUGGCGAGAGUUCUACAUCAACAAGGAUCGACAGAAGGGCUCCUAUAGAAAUAGGUUUGCAAAGGCCAACACAAGUCAAACGAGCCGCUGAUGAGGUAUCUUCUGAAGCCAAAAAACCAAGGAUUGAGGAUGAGGAACGCGUGCGUCUGGACAAAGAGCGUCUGGCUGCCCGUCUGGAGGGCCACAAAGAGGGCAUUGUGCAGACGGACCAGAUCAGAUCACUCUCUGAGGCCAUGUCAGUGGAGAAGAUUGCAGCCAUCAAAGCCAAGAUUAUGGCCAAGAAACGUUCCACCAUCAAAACUGAUUUGGAUGAUGAUAUAACUCUGAAGCAAAGAAGCUUUGUGGAUGCUGAGGUGGAUGUCACCAGAGAUAUUGUCAGUAGAGAGAGGGUCUGGAGAACCAGGACAACCAUUCUCCAGAGCACUGGAAAGAACUUUUCCAAGAACAUUUUUGCCAUUCUUCAGUCAGUGAAGGCCAGAGAAGAAGGGCGAGCACCAGAGCAGAGACCAACACAAAACACUACUCAAGUGGACCCCUCCCUAAGUAAUAAGCAGCCUGUGCCAGCUGCCUACAACAGAUACGAUCAGGAGCGUUUCAAAGGAAAAGAGGAAACGGAGGGUUUCAAAAUCGAUACCAUGGGUACUUACCACGGCAUGACCCUGAAGUCAGUGACGGAAGGAGCAUCUGCUCGGAAGGCUCAGACCCCAGCACUGCAGCCUGUACCUCGCCCAGUCUCACAAGCCAGACCGCCACCAAACCAGAAGAAAGGGUCGCGGACACCCAUCAUUAUCAUCCCUGCUGCUACCACCUCACUCAUCACAAUGCUCAAUGCUAAGGAUCUUCUGCAGGAUCUAAAGUUUGUGACAUCAGAUGAGAAGAAGAAGCAGGGCAUUCAGCGUGAUAAUGAGGUUCUGCUUCAGAGGCGCAAAGACCAGAUCCAGCCUGGGGGCACAACACUGAGUGUCACUGUGCCGUACCGUGUCAUCGAUCAGCCGCUCAAACUGGCUCCACAGGACUGGGAUCGCGUGGUGGCUGUGUUUGUGCAGGGGCCUGCGUGGCAGUUCAAAGGCUGGCCGUGGCUGCUGCCUGAUGGAUCUCCUGUUGACAUUUUUGCCAAAAUUCGAGCCUUUCAUUUGAAGUAUGAUGAGGUCAAGACAGACCCCAAUGUGCAGAAGUGGGAUGUGACCGUCCUGGAGCUGAGUCGCCACAGGCGCCAUCUGGACCGGCCAGUCUUUCUGCGCUUCUGGGAAACCCUCGACAGGUACAUGGUGAAACACAAAUCUCACCUCAGGUUCUGAGCCCCAGUCACAGGGUCCAUCUCCAAAAAUCCCACAAAUGAAUUCUUCAACUUUGCAGUUCUCCUCGAUCGUCCUCCUUUAGAGCAGCCCUUCUCAUCCAAGCUGCCAUCCCAUCUUCCAGCACGAUCCCCAAGAGGCAGGAGGACGGGAGAAGGACGGCACGUUAUCCUAAUGCAAUGCUCUGGAUUUGUUACUCUGGACACUGGAGAGGAGAUCUAGGGGAUUUUUGUGUUUUUGUUGUAUAAGUUUUCUAAUGUUUUCCUGUAGUUAAAAAUACCACAGUGUUUUAUAUAAAAAUGCAGCAUACUGGUGAAGCAGCUUAAAUGAAAUAUUGAGAGAAGAAAUGUGA